GCCCUUCUGGCAAGUCCCGGAUGAGUCAGCGGGCGGCGCUGGAUGAGGCUUCUCCGAGGCGGCGGUAACCGGCUUAGUGGGGUUGUGCGGGGCUUCCGAGGGCGGCCAGCGGGACCAAUCAGAAGCCGAUCGUUGAUAGGUAGGUGCUCUGGAAACCAAAGCUGGAAGGUCAACAUCAAGAAAAACAUUGCGACUCAUUUGAAUCCCCGAUUUGAACAACUGAUUGCUGUCAACACCUUAAGCUGAUGCCACAGAUGACACAUAUUUGCCUUGAGUGAUUCUCUCUUUAAAGAAAUUUACAGAAUUAGGAGCAAAGAUGCGCUUCUCGAGGUGCUUAAAAUCCUCAAAGCACUGCCUCCCAAGCCCUGACGGGAAACUUGUAGCCACGCUAUUUCCUGGAGUCGUCAACAUUCGAUCAGUCGAAUCUCUAGAGGUGGUCAACGUUGUCAAGCUGCCGCCGGACUUUUCUGGCUCAGUGCUCAGUUUCCAAUGGUCGCCUUCAUCUCGGCUAGUUCUGGUCGCUGUCGUUGACCAUAUUCGAGUAUUCUCUGCUCAACACGGAAAUUUCCAGGCGACGAUCCGAAAUGCUGUCCCGCCUGCUGCAAAGCCAACCUACCUCGGCUUUAGCCCCUUGGGCACCGAGGUCUGCGUCUGCUCGUCGUUUGGCUUGAAGUUCAGCAUAUUCGACCUUGAAUCAUCCAGAGCAGUUGAGAUCGCCAAUCCAAAGUUCUUCCACUCGGCAACCGCGUGCAAUGGCUUCUCCUUCCGUCCCCUGACGCACCACCUCGCACUGAUGACCCGAACGGCGGGUAAGGAUAUGAUAAGCAUUCAUGAUCCGGUAACCAGGGAACUGCAGAUAUCCUGGCACCCGGAUACUGUUGACGCCCAAGGCUUAAAAUGGAGCCCCGACGGGAAGUGGCUGGUUGUUCGGGAGUCUGCCGGCCAGGGGCACAAAAUCAUCUUCUACACGGCAGAUGGCCACAUGUUCAAAACAUGGUUGGGCCCGUCGAAUCCGUCGCCGGAAUUCCAGCAUUUUGCGCUGGGGGCUGGUGCCAGGUUGCUGCGGUUUUCUGAAGAUGGCAGCAGCCUGGCGAUUGGUGACAGCAGCAGGUGCAUAUACUUGUUCAACAUGGCAACUCUCAGCGAAACAAUGAGGCUACUUCACCCGACCACCACCACCCCGACUGAGACGAUACAGAUUUGGCAAGAGCAGGUCAAUAUAACGCAGGCAGGGCCUUCCCUCCAUACCUUCAUUAAAGCUACCCAAGCAGUCUCACCACCGGCUCGGCCCAAGGACAACUCAGAGCCGAAGUCGGGAUGCUCUUCAAUUCUGUUUGACUCGUCGUCUGUUCUUGUCGCGACCUGCCUCCAGGAGUCUCCGAGCACAUUGUGGAUCUGGGACACUCAAGCCUCUGAAUUACGAGCCGUUCUGUUGUUUCACUCAAACAUUAGCAGCGCAGCAUGGCACCCCACCUCCCGUGAGACAUUGCUGGUGAGAUGCGAGGGCGAUCUCUACAACAGCAUCGUCUUUGUAUGGGACCCGCUAUCUGAGGGGCCGAGGACGGUCGAUUUCUCCGAGCACCUUCCAGGGUCUAGGGCCAGCGGUCGGUCUCUUGCAAAGUGGCUUGACUGUGACGCAUCAAAGUCGCCGGCCAUCUUCUUCUCGGACUCUCUCAACUACAUGCUUGCCUCGCUCGCGGACUCCGACGAGGAAUCUCCUCCCUGGCAAGACCGACUCGGCGUCGAGUGGAACGCCGAGACCGGGCGAGAGGAGUCGCCGUUGGAGCUUGUGCCGGCUGCCGACGUGAAUACCCAGUACAUCGAGGAUGAGGAUGAAUACGCCAGUGAUCUGGAGGAUACUUUCCACUACAAACGAUGAGAGGAUGCAUCCCUGCAAAGUAACACAACGACAAACCGGGCGCGACCCAGACACGUUGUAAAGGGCACGUCGAUGGCGCUGAUCUACCGUUUCGUGACUUGAUCCCGGCCAAGUCGCUAUCUUCGAGACAACACACUCUGCAACCCUACUACAAGGCAGCAUUAAGCCCUUGAUGGGGAUGGAGGCACCAUACCUCUUGAGGCGAUUAAGAACGCCCAUAGAAAGCGUCAGAUGUGGCCGUGGCUGUAUUCAUAGGCCCGACUUGCUGAGACUGUUAGAGCCUGGU